GCCGCAGGGGAAGCUAGAUCGUUGUUGAGGAGACGUCCACUCCGGUCCACGCACCGCAGUUGUGAAGAUUCCGGCGUAGAUCUCAAAAAAAGAAAAACGGAUCUGGCUAGAAUCUUCAGACCUAAAAGCCGACUCAGACCCUCUCCAUCUCACCGUAAGCCUCACCGUUUCUCCACGGGAAGCCGAGAUCUUUCUCCAUCGACCGUAAGGGAUCUCCGGAGGUUGUUCACGACCACCACAGAGAACCAAACAUAUCGGCUUAGGUUAAAGACCGAGAGGAAGGGAGCAAAAGGGAAAACGGGAGUGGAGGAAGAGGAGAGCGCCUCCGGCGCGCCAGGAAGCGGCGGUCGGAGCUAGGGUUUCUUCAGGUGGCUGUUUCUUUUUGGGAAAGGAGAGAGGAGAGACGAAAGUGUUUUAGUUAGAAAUUUAUCCUAGAUAUUUUUUCUCGUUACGUGCUUUGUGUUGUUGAUCGUUACAUCAAAACUGUUGACGCAAACAUGAGUUUGUAGAGUUUAAAUCCUUCGACUGAGAAAGUUAGUGAUGUACUCGUUAAUGAAAAUGCGAUCAGACGAUGUCCCCAUGAAGG